UCGUAGCAAACAGAGAAUAUUAUGUAGAAAAAAGUUUUAUUUUGUUAAAUUCACCAAGUUUCCAAUUGAAAACGUAAUUGAAUUUCAUACGAAUUUUCCGUCACGGUGUUUACCAGAUUAAAAAAGCAAGCGAAAGGGAGAGAGCAAAACCUAAAAAAAAUGAGCAAAAAAAAUCGAAGUGGUCUUGCACGUGAUUGGGGUGUUUAUUUGAAACGUAAUAUCCAGUACAAAAAGGCUGAGGUGUACUUGAAUCGAUCGCUUGAAGUGGAUCCAGUGCAAUUCAAAACAUUGCUGGAAUCGAGCAAAUGUAAACUGAAGCAGAGCCAGGCGAACGAUGCAUUGAUGGAUGUGAAAAAGUGUUUGACCCUUGAGCCAAACAACAUAAAAGCGCAACAUCAACAUGCAAAAUGUUUGGGUGGAUUAAAUCAAAUCGAAAAUGCCAUAGCAACAGCGUAUGGUAUUACAUUUGAGUAUCCAACCGCAGCCGAUGUGCAUCACACCAAAGAUUCGUUGGAAAUGUCGUUGCGUUCGGCAUUUGGUCGUUCCACCGUGCCCAUCUUGCGAAAGUAUAAAUUACACCUGAAACGUGACGGCAGCCAAACGAAGACUAAGGAGCUAACGAUAAAGAAAUGUGGCCCAAUUGAGGCACAUCGCGAGAAAGCGAUCGAAUUAAUGAAACACAAACUGUAUUUUGAUUCGACAUUUGCCGAGCAAAUUGAAUUUUGGACGCAGCUUCAGCAGGACGAAACGUUGGACGACAACCUACGCAAACUCAUUGAUGAGAUAACACGUAAUUUUAAUACCCACGAGAGUAUGCUGUAUGCACGUGAACCAUUUUAUGCGAAACGAGAUCGCUUCGACAAGGGAAGCCUGUCAAAAGUGCGACAUCGUACAUUCUUCUAUGCGCAGGAGGAAACACGUCGAGAGGCCUUGUGGCAAUUGAGGAACAUCAAAGCUUUGGCCGUGCACAGUUUUGCCGAUGCACUGCGACUAACCGAACGUGUUUUAAGUGAAUUUUAUGCAAUCAAAAUGCGAACCGUUUUCCCUGCAAAAUUCGAGUUUCUUUGCCAUGUAUGCCAUUUCAUUGGAACGGAAUAUUUGCAAAUUUAUCGUGCCAUUCCAGCUGAUCUAAUGAGUUUGAAAGUUGAGGAUCGUUUAAUUGCAUUGUUCAAUGUAUGGGGCAAAAUGUUGCAAGGUGAAGAUUUGUGCGAUAAAAAAGUGGAAUAUUUUACCAAACGACUUCAAAAUGCCAUUUACGAUAUGGAAAAAACCUAUCUCUUCCAUCAACUGAGUGAAGUGUGUUUCCGCUUCCGUCGACCGGAAGAGUCGCAACGGUUUGCACGUGAUGCGGUCAAACAUGCAAUGGCAUGCAAAAGCAAUAUUUGGACAUUUCUCGCUUAUUUCAAUAUCAUACGUGUUGAUGCAAUGAAGCAAAACUAUCAUCCAAUGAAAGAUGACCUGGACAAAUUGCAAGAGGUUGCCAAGCAGCUGGACGCUUUCACACAAGUGUUUGUCAACACAGCGAUUCGAUCAUUUGAAGACAUAAAAAGCGCAAAAAAUUGAACGACUCCAUUCCGUGAAUCAACCAUGUUUAAAUAUAACAACAAAUU